AUGGAAGGAAUGGCAUCAAUAGCGUUGUUACUAGAUGGGUCAAUCUCGGGUCAUUUUGUUCAGCUUCCCGAGUCCGUUUAUUACCAGAUGGGUCAAUCUCGUCUUUUUGUCUCGACUUCAUAUCUCUCUGGCGAUGUGAGUAAUGAACCAAGGAGAAACACACAACAAUGUAAUCAAGAAGAAGAUGUUCUAGUCUUGGUUGAUGCAAUAUUUCCAUUAUCUGCAGCUGCCAUGGCUUUUCCACCUUUAUCUAUUCGAGGUGAUUUGGGAGUUGUUUCUACUGCUGGAGUUAGAUAUGCAUAUCCACUCCUAAAAUCAUUUGCAAAAAUGGGACCUCAAGGUGUUCUUGGUGCCACAAAGCUUUUACGCCCUUUUUCAGAAAUAGUUGAUUCAUUGGGACUCAAAGAUCCUUUCAUUAGAAAUUGGGUGGAUAUUUUGUCUUUCUUACUUGCUGGAGUGAAAUCUGAUGGUGUUCUUUCAGCAGAAAUGGUUUAUAUGUUUGCAGAAUGGUAUAAACCAGGUUGUAGUUUAGAAUACCCUGUUGGUGGAACUGGAGCACUUGUUGAGGCUCUUGUUCUCAGAUUUUCCUUCUGAUAAACUUCCAAAAAUAUCAGAACCUUCACAACUUAUGACAGAAAAUACACGUUCUG